GAGUGGAGGAGCUGGCAGUUUUGACAGAGACAGAGAGGGGUUGGAGAAGUGCAUCCGCCGCAGCCGCCACUGUGACCACACUCUGCUCGACACCAUGACAACCACGGCAAACGCACAGCGAGCCCCCGGCCCUGCCGCUACACCAAUCAGGGAGGAGUGAGCGGAACACUGCAACCUGUGUUGGGAGAGACGAAUGCAGGAUAACAGAACAGAGCUAGCCACCCAGCCAUUUAUCAGUCUCUUGUCUGAGCACAGGAUGCCAGAGAAAACCUCCUGGAUAAUCAGCGGUGCUCUUGUUCUUUUUCCCCACAGUGGGGAGGAGGAUAGGGAUGGAGAUUCUGGGUAAUCAGCCUUCCCUGUUCCUGAUUAGAGUUCUCUGCUCCAUGAUGGGAGCUAAGAGAUGUCUCUUGGAGCCACAGCCACCGACCAUGAGGAUUGGAUAAGACUCCCACCAAUUCUAAUAGGACUACCCAAUCACCAUUAAAAAAACGAUCUAGAGGUAACCAGGAAAGGGACAGACUGGUGGGGAAACACAAAGAAAUAGAGAAUGUAGAAUAUCUGCAUCAGAUUCCAAUCUCCCAGUAGGUCGUGAGUGACACUGACCGUGUGCACAUGAUGAAUUCCAUGGCCCAGCUGUACUACAAGAAGGCGAGCUACUCGCCGUACCGCGACCGCAUCCCACUGCAGAUCGUGCGGGCGGAAGCGGAGCUGUCAGCGGAGGAGCGGGCGUACCUGACGGCGGUGGAGAAGGGUGACUAUGCCGGGGUGAAGCUGGCCCUGCAGGAGGCGGAGAUCUACUACAAUAUCAAUGUGAACUGCCUGGACCCGCUGGGGCGCAGUGCGCUGCUCAUCGCCAUCGAGAACGAGAACCUGGAGGUGAUGGAGCUGCUGCUCAACCACGGCGUGCACGUGGGCGACGCGCUGCUCUACGCCAUCCGCAAGGAGGUGGUGGGGGCCGUGGAGCUGCUGCUGUCCCACCGCAGGCCCAGCAGAGAGAAACAGGUGCCCAACCUGAUGAUGGAUACCCAGUUCUCAGAGUUUACCCCUGACAUCACACCCAUCAUGCUGGCAGCUCACACCAACAACUACGAGAUCAUCAAGCUGCUGGUCCAGCGUAAAGUCACCAUCCCCCGGCCACACCAGAUCCGCUGUGACUGUGUGGCGUGCGUCUCCAGCUCUGAGGUGGACAGCCUGCGCCACUCCCGCUCCCGCCUCAACGUCUACAAGACCCUAGCCAGCCCAUCGCUCAUUGCCCUGUCUAGCGAGGAUCCCAUCCUGACCGCCUUCCGCCUGGGCUGGGAGCUGAAAGAGCUGAGCAAGGUGGAGAAUGAGUUCCGUCAGGAGUACGAGGAGUUGUCCCAGCAGUGUAAGCUGUUUGCCAAGGACCUGCUGGACCAGGCCAGGAGCUCCAGAGAGCUGGAGACCAUCCUCAACCACCGUGACCACCUCAGUGAGGAGCUGGACCCACAGGACUGCCGCGACCUAGCCAAGCUCAAACUGGCCAUCAAGUACCACCAAAAAGAGUUUGUGUCCCAGCCAAACUGCCAGCAGCUCCUGGCCACCCUAUGGUACGACGGUUUCCCGGGGUGGCGCAGACGCCACUGGGCGGUCAAGCUGGUCACCUGCUUCACCAUCGGCCUCCUCUUCCCCAUCUUCUCCCUGGUCUACCUGCUGGCCCCCAAGAGCACCCUGGGCCUCUUCAUCAAGAAGCCCUUCAUCAAGUUCAUCUGCCACACAGCCUCCUACAUGACUUUCCUCUUCUUCCUCCUCCUGGCCUCCCAGCACAUCGUGAGAACAGACCUGCACGUCCAAGGCCCACCGCCCACCGUGGUGGAGUGGAUGAUCCUUCCCUGGGUGCUGGGCUUCAUCUGGGCUGAGAUAAAGGAGAUGUGGGAUGGAGGUUUCACUGAGUACGUCCAUGACUGGUGGAACCUGAUGGACUUUGCCAUGAACUCUCUCUACUUGGCCACUAUCUCACUCAAAAUAGUUGCUUACUUCAAGUACAACAGCUCUCGGCCACGGGAGGAGUGGGAGAUGUGGCACCCAACGCUGAUAGCUGAGGCCCUGUUUGCUAUCGCCAACAUCUUCAGCUCCCUGCGCCUCAUCUCCUUGUUCACUGCCAACUCCCACCUGGGGCCUCUGCAGAUCUCCCUGGGACGCAUGCUGCUGGACAUCCUCAAGUUCCUCUUCAUCUACUGCCUGGUGUUGUUGGCCUUUGCCAAUGGACUCAAUCAGCUGUACUUCUACUAUGAGACCAAGGCUUCGGAUGAACCCAACAACUGCAAGGGCAUCCGCUGUGAGAAGCAGAACAACGCCUUCUCUACGCUGUUUGAGACGCUGCAGUCCCUGUUCUGGUCGAUAUUCGGCCUGCUCAACUUGUACGUGACCAACGUGAAGGCACGCCAUGAGUUCACAGAGUUUGUGGGAGCCACCAUGUUCGGUACCUACAACGUUAUCUCCCUGGUGGUGCUGCUCAACAUGCUCAUCGCCAUGAUGAAUAACUCCUAUCAGCUCAUUGCUGACCAUGCAGACAUUGAAUGGAAGUUUGCCCGCACCAAGCUGUGGAUGAGUUAUUUUGACGAGGGAGGAACUCUCCCGCCGCCCUUCAACAUCGUCCCCAGCCCCAAGUCAGUGUGGUAUCUGUGUGUGUGGAUGCACAACCGCCUGUGUGGAGGGGACCAGCCCAGCCCUGAUGACCAGAGGAAACACGAGAACUUAAAGGAGUUCACGGAGCGUCAUGCUGACAACCUGAUUCAGAACCAGCACUAUCAGGAGGUGAUCAGGAACCUGGUGAAGAGGUAUGUAGCAGCCACGAUCCGCAGUGCUAAGACAGACGAGGGACUGACUGAGGAGAAUUUUAAGGAGCUGAAGCAGGACAUCUCCAGUUUCCGCUAUGAGGUGUUGGAUCUGCUGGGGAACAGGAAGCCCCCGCGGAGAACUUAUUCAUCCAGCAGUGAGGCGACUCAGCAAGACGAGGCCAACAAGGAGGGGGAGGGAGGGGCCGGACAGGGUCAGUCCAGGGACCAAGGGGCCAAGGGGGUGUCCUUCAGCAUGUCAACCGCUGAGAGGAAGAGCAAGGACUCUGAGUUCAGUGUCUCCGCCCUCUUUAAGUCCAUGUCAGGGGUGGAGGGGCCAGUGGACAACAAACCAAAGUGCAAUGGGCUGCGGUUCUCCUCCUCCUCCCCCUCCUCUGCUGCGUUCAGCCGCAGUGGUGGCCGGCUGCAGUCCAAGAGAGACUCCAUCAGGAGGCUGGGCCUGCUCUUCUCCCGCAUGAACGGACACGUCCCAGAACCCAGGGCCCCUCCUCCCAGCAUGCACCAGCCCACCUUUAGCAUCUCAGAUGGCCUGCUUCGUCAGCCCACAACCUGGCCGGACGUCCAUAUCCCCCGCAAUCCCCAGGUUACACGCAGCCAGUUCCACCUGGACCGGCUGGGGGUGAACCUGAAAGAGGAACAACAGGCCCAAGCCCCUAACCAGGCCCCACCCCAGGGUUCACCCCAGCAGGCUAACGGGAGUGACAGCCUGCUCCUACGGCCCCUGGGCCACUUACCACCGCCCCCGGGCCUCUCCCUGCUGCCCCUGCACUGUGCUUCCAGCAUCAGGGCCUCCAGCUCCCAGGCUGUCCUCCUGGGCUCUAGUGAGGACAUGUAUGAGGGCUGGAUAGGACCAUGUGAUGAGCUGGACUCUUCUGAGUGGGGGGCUGAGCAGGAGGACUCCAUCACCACACAGCUUUAGAGACACACACCACCCCCGGAAUAAUGCAGGACAGCAAACUACAGUAUGUUCAGGUCACUCUGCUGAGAGGACAGAGAGAAAAAGUGUCUGACUCAAGUAUUCAAAACCCAGGACUCAUUUUCUCAAAGAUAUCAUAGCAAAGUAGGAAGAUUCUAAACAUAUAAUGAAAAAAACAAGCUUCAUCUAUUGCAAUAGAACUACAUGUUUGCAUACUGCCACCUAGCUGUGAUGCUUAAAUCUUUGUUUGCGGUCUGUAAGUUCACCAUCCUCUCUCAACACGUGUUCUAUUACAGUUCCGGCCCAGUUAAUUAUAUUUUACUCAUCAAAAUAUCACUGAGAUAAGGGGGUCAUAUACACAGGUGAGUUAUUACCAUUGUCCAAACUUCUACUCUCUUACAAAUUUGUUUAAUCUCUUGUUGCAAGUUUUUCUAUUUUCUUUUACCAGACUGUUUUGCGGGGUGGUGUGCCAUAUACAAAUGCCAAAUGUCCUCUAUACAGUAGUGUGUUCUGUUUGGUACAUCAUUUAACCUAAACAUGAAUGGUUAAUAUCAUGGUGGAACAGGUCAUGUGACAUAUGUUUAUUUCAGGUUUGCAGGUUGAUUCUUUUCAAGUUGUUUUUGAACAAUUAACUAAGAAUACUGUCCUCUGUUUUUCUAUGAAAGUUGUAUUUUUCUAUAUUUUCUUGGAAAUAAGGCACUACCCAUUUUUGGCAAUUGAGACAGGAAAUGCAUGAUAUUAGUAGAGGUAGAUUUAUUUAUCCCUAGUUUUAAUGUUUACUUUUAGUCUCCUUUGUUUUGGACAAGAUGGCUGUGAAUUAUAAUACUCAAGAUCAAUUUGGCAGAGGACCCCUACGCAAACAACGUUUCAUAGUUGUCGAAAACAAGCUUGUAUACAAAUACCUAUUUUUAUUUGAUCAUUAGAUUAAGCAUUAUCUAUUCAAAUACAUUAAAUCAUAUUUGACAGAUUCUUAGGAGAACUAGGAUUCCAAGACUGGGCCAUGUAAUAUGAUAGGCUGUAUUGUGGUCAAAUAAAACUGGACUGAACUGUCAAAAAUUUUGAAAUAGCUAUACUCUGGGCUGUUAGUGACAGCUCAAUGCAUUCGCUAGUUGCAGUAUUCAGGACUCACCUUAGAUAAUGUGCUGUCCCAUAAUUCGAAAUGAACAGUUUUGUAAUUGCAUUGCAUCUGAUCUUUUUUUUCACUAAUUGGUCUUUUGACCAAUCAGAUCAGCUAUUUUUCUAAUAAUUGGGCAAAAGAUCAGAAUUUGUCUGCCUGUGUAAACGCAGCCUUGCUCAGUGAAUAAAACUGCCGGAGUAUCAGUGAGCUAGCAUGUCUGGAAGGGUAGCAGCAACAUCGGUCUUGUGUGCUGUCAAGGGUCCUGACCCUCAGACACCACGAUCGUACCAAAUUACUUCUCUAAAGCAGGGCUCGCCAACCCUGUUUCUGUAAAGUUUUCUUUCCAAUCCUAAUCUAGCGCACCCGAGUCUAAUAAGAAGCUGGUUGAUAAGAUUAAUCAGAUUAGUUCAGGGAUUCUUGAAAGUCGGGACAAUCCUUGUCUGGCAGGGAAAAUGUAUUUAAUAGUAAAAAAAAAAUUAAAAAAAUUGUUUCAUUAUUUGUGAUAAAAAAAUACAUUUAGGUGAAUUUAUAAGGGAAAAUAUUUGUUUUUGUAAAAAAAUAUAUUUUAAAUUUUAUUCAUUUCCCUGUCGGGCUCUGUGCCAGGAAAUGCCAAUAAACCAAAGGAUCAACAUGUGUAACUCCCCCAAAAGGUGUUGAAAAUUGGAAAAUGGGCGAAAACGUAUAUUAACUACAAAGGGAUCUCAUGUAGUUUCUUGCAAUAACCCUCUUUGACUUUAAGGAAUAUUUCUCUCAAAACUGUGACUCCUAAAAAAAAGUGUCCGGAGUUUUGGUCAACUCUGUCAGAUUUGAGUAAAAUCCCAAAUGAAUCAGAAAUUAGCAGGGUCAGCUAUACCUGAGAACCCAUUCUUAAUCUCCUGAUUACAGGUAUUGCAACAAGACAAGAAGGUAACCCAUACAAAUAAAUGGAAGUAUGGAGGUAGUUUUGUGCCAACAAAAAU